CCUAAAGUUCUUUCUCUGAGCUGAUUGGUGUGGCCCCAAGUUCAGAGUCCCAGAGCCUCCUCCUGGCUGGAGUUGUGGAGAGGGCGGGGAGGUAGAUAAAAGGCAAGACAGCGGGAGGUGGGAAGACACGAGUGUCAACCCUUCACCCAGGACCCGAGCACCCGGGACCCUGAACCCACAGCGCACUUGCACCGGCUCGACCGCGCUCCUGACCCGCAGCCCUCGCCAACCCUACGGAUCCUAGCCACCGCCAGCCUAGGUGGUCGUCAGGAUGAAGGCAGCCCGCUUCGUUAUGCGCCGCGCCAGCUCCCUGAGCAGCGCCGGCCUGGUCCCCAGGGAGGUCGAGCUGUUCUCCCGCUACAGCCCAUCCCCGCUGUCCAUGAAGCAGCUGCUGGACUUUGGUUCAGAAAAUGCCUGUGAAAGAACUUCUUUUUCUUUUCUGAGGCAAGAAUUGCCCGUCAGACUAGCCAAUAUCCUGAAGGAGAUUGAUAUCCUCCCUGACCGGCUAGUGAAUACCUCUUCCGUGCAGCUGGUGAAGAGCUGGUACAUCCAGAGCCUGAUGGAUUUGGUGGAGUUCCAUGAGAAGAGCCCAGAAGACCAGAAAACUCUAUCAGACUUUGUAGACACGCUGGUCAAAGUUCGAAACAGACAUCAUAAUGUGGUCCCUACGAUGGCUCAAGGGAUCCUUGAGUAUAAAGACACCUGUACCGUGGACCCCGUUACCAAUCAAAACCUUCAGUAUUUUUUGGACCGGUUUUACAUGAACCGCAUUUCUACUCGGAUGCUUAUGAACCAGCACAUCCUCAUAUUCAGUGACUCAAAGACAGGAAACCCAAGCCACAUUGGAAGUAUUGACCCAAAUUGUGAUGUGGUAGCAGUAGUCCAAGAUGCCUUUGAGUGUGCAAAGAUGCUCUGCGAUCAGUAUUAUCUAACAUCGCCAGAAUUAAAGCUCACACAAGUGAAUGGAAAAUUUCCAGGCCAACCAAUCCACAUUGUGUACGUUCCUUCACACCUUCACCACAUGCUCUUUGAACUCUUCAAGAAUGCCAUGAGGGCCACGGUUGAGCAUCAAGAAAACCGCCCUUCCCUGACCCCAGUCGAGGCCACUGUCGUUUUGGGAAAAGAAGACCUUACAAUCAAGAUUUCUGACCGAGGAGGCGGUGUUCCUCUGAGGAUUACUGACCGCCUCUUUAGUUACACCUACUCCACUGCUCCAACGCCUGUGAUGGACAAUUCCCGGAAUGCCCCUUUGGCUGGUUUUGGUUACGGCUUGCCAAUUUCUCGUCUCUACGCCAAGUAUUUUCAAGGAGAUCUGAAUCUCUACUCUAUGUCAGGUUAUGGGACGGAUGCUAUCAUCUACUUAAAGGCUUUAUCUUCUGAGUCUGUAGAAAAACUCCCUGUCUUUAACAAGUCAGCCUUCAAACAUUACCAGAUGAGUUCCGAAGCUGAUGACUGGUGUAUCCCAAGCAGGGAACCAAAGAACCUGGCAAAGGAGAAGCUGGCAGUGUGAGGAGAAACAUGCCUGGCACUUUACGGGAUCAAAGUGGGUCUAUGGCAGUGCUGCUUCGUGAAUGUGUGUGGACUCUCGUUUCCGCAAAACAAAGCAAAGCAAAACCAAGCCAGCAAAAAAUCAAACGCUAGAACAGACAUUGAUCCGAUGAGGGACGGAGCUUGGUUGGGUGACCUGGAGAAGUCCGGGCAGGGCUCCAGUAGAUAACAUGUGUCCUGCUUCUCAUCGGGCAAUGCAGAAUGACUCGUGACUAUUCCAAAUACUGAAAAGAAGUCUGCCUCUGAGUUACAGCUCUUUCUCAACAAGUACAGAAUUUGAGGUUUGCAGUCUCUGCAGCUGGAUGUUUGAGGGUUCUUGCUACCAUCCAUAUAUAUUGGUGUUUAGUGAACAUCAGUUGUCAGUGUUUUCCUGCCAUGCAAAGAUUGGAGCAUUGGCAGAAAUGUGUGUAAAUGUACAUUUUAUAGGUGUUGCUAGGCUCUGGAAAGGACAGGAUGGGAGGAAUCAAAGCAUUUUAUUGAGCUUGCGGCUAAGCAUUGCGGCCUAUGUGAAAACUGAAAAGAAAAUCUUCUCUGUCGAGGCCGCUCCAGUAACAUGCAGCUUUUCCUGUUUGGCCUGCACUCAAAAAGCCAGUCCCCUUUGGCUGGUGCCUAGUCUUGGGUGAAAUGUUGGGUUUGAAAGGGAGAUAAAUUGCCAAAAUGAUCCAAGGAUUGUGUAUGUGGAGAAUACAUAUUAGAGAAAGAAAUAGCAUGCUCACACUUCUUACUGUGAAGAAAUGAGAGUAAACUUUCUUUAACUGGAAGUAGUGAAAAAUCCAAGGUCAUCUACUUGCUACUCUUAAAAAAAAAAGAUGUGAGUUUUAUAUUUUAAUUGUGCUGUCUACACUCUAACAUUAACAUAUCUGUUCAAAAUUUUCUAGUUGCCAAUUGGCUUGAGAGUGUUAAAAUUUAAAUCCUUCUUGGAGUAUCUUUUGUGAGAGUAGUCUGGAAGUAAAAUGUUCUCAUAUCAGGAUGAUGUCAUUUGUGAAGCAUGGGGACAUCAAGAACUAAUGAUGUGCCUGAGGCUUGCUUGGAAGGUCGAAGGUGUAAUUGUCAGCAGGAAGUCAUCCAUGUAGAUCACUCUUAGGAAAGAAAGAAAAAAUGAGGAACAAGGGAAGGAAUGGAGAGAGAGAAGAAAGGAAGAAAGUAGAAGGCAGGCAUCUUCUUAUUUCCCCACAAGCUAAUCCUAGGAAUCCUCUGUCCUUUUCCCGGGUAGGGAUGAGGAUGAAUUGAAGCAGUAUGGCUUCUUCAGUGGGUCUCCCUUUUACAAGUUAAGGUGAAAUAAUAAAUUAAUUUGUGUCAAAUUAAUGUUAAAACUUUUUUCUGCAUUGUAAUAUUAUCAGUCCUGUGUGUCAGUUGAGUUUGAAAUUUGUAUUUCAUUUCACAGUGACCUGGAGCCGAGGUGCUUCUGGUUGUAGCAACAGGAGCCACAACGAUUUUUUUUUUCCAUUGCAGAUGUUACCCUUAAAAGUUCUGGGCAGUAACUUUGACAGCAGGACUUUGACUCCCACAUUGCUUGAUCACACAAAACUGUCAGCAUGUGGGUUAUUUGAUGAUGUAUCAUUGUUGUGGUUUGGUUGUUGGAUGUUUCCAUUGAAAUUUCAGUUACAUGUUUGUGCACAUGAAUACUUGUGUUUACCAAAGAUCUAAGGCAUUUGGUUAGUUUGCCCAAAUACCAUGAGUUGUGUGUAAAUUAAUAGAGAAAAGCUUUAGGAUCUCAAUAGCAUCAACUGUGUAAAUUAAAUCAAAAUAAUGUUCCCUAUUAUUUAUGAACCCAUGGGAGACUUUAAACUCUACUAGAUGGAUGCUAAAUGCCCAGGCCCACUUAACUUAUUAAUGUGUGAAUUACAUUUAUGUUUUUAGUUUAUAUGCAGAGAAUUGUGAUAAUUUUAUAAUAAAUAUUUUUAUUAUAGUAGUAA